AUGCUCUUCCCCCCCUCCAUACUCACCCAUCUCUUCCCUGUCCUGCAGAUCUACCCAUGCACCCACCCUCAACAUCCCUCCCCUCCUGCCCCCCACACUUUGACCACAUACCCUCCUCCUUCCACCCACCCUCACCUUCCCUCCCCUCUUCCAUUCCCCCAGGGCAUGUCGUGUGGCAGCUGUGCUGCUUCCGUGAAGAACAUUCUCGAGUCACAGCCUCCUGUGGUUUCUGCUUCCGUGAACCUUCCCAUGGAGACGGCACUUGUCACCAUCCGAUUGGCCAGGGGUGAGCCACCAUCCGCUGUCCCUACAGCCGCCGCCCCCGCCACAGCUGCCACAACCACAGCCGCUACAACCGCCCCUGCUGCUGACGAUGCUGCUGGGGGCCACGGGUGGGCGGAUGGAGGGGCAGGAGCGGCAGAAGGGGGGAGGGAGUGGCAGGAGCAGAGGCGGGUGGAGGUUGGACGAGCACUAGCAGAGUAUCUGACAGAGUGUGGAUUCGAGUCGAAGCUCAGAGAGGAGUCAGCCAAGGGCUCAAGAGGCGCAGCAGCAGAGGAAGGGCAGGUGGCGGUGACAGUGGGGGCACCAGUAGGAGGAGCAGAUGGGGAGGAGGGAGAAGCAGGAAGGCCGUCUGCUGCUGCUACUGCUGCUGGUGCUGCUGCCGGCUUCUCUGGUAGAGCGGCGUCAGCAAUUGAGUCCAAGAGGGAGGAGCGCAUGAAAAGGCUGAAAGACAGUGGCCGUCGGCUCCUGGUGGCGUGGGCGCUGGCAGCAGCGUGCCUGGUGGGCCACGCGUCGCACAUGCUGCAGGCAUCCUCCCUCGCCUGGAAGCUGCCUGCCUGGACGCACGCCCUGCACUCCACGCCCGUCCACGCUCUACUCUCCCUCACUGCCCUUCUCGGCCCCGGUCGCAAGUUGCUGCAGGACGGGUGGAGCAGCCUGAGGCGAGGGGCGCCCAACAUGAACACCCUAGUCAGUCUGGGUGCCGUCUCCUCCUUUGCUGUCAGCGCUGUUGCCGCCGCUGUGCCAAAGCUGGGCUGGCCCGCGUUCUUUGAGGAGCCGCUCAUGCUGCUGGCGUUCGUGCUGCUGGGGAAGGCACUGGAAGAGAGGGCCAAGAUCAAGGCCACCAGUGACAUGGCAGCUCUGUCAUCUCUUUUGCCUCCUCAAGCCCGUCGCAUCGUCCCGUCCCUCACUUCCUUCUCCCCCAUCUCUCCCCUUGCUACCCUCUCCCCCCCACUCCCUGUUCCUCCAGGCCACCACAGUUUCAGCGAUGCAGCAACGGAGGUGGUGCCAAUAGAGGCCAUCCAAGUGGGAGACCGAGUGCUUGUCCGCCCCGGGGUCUGUAUUUUCAGAGACGCAGCAACGGAGGUGGUGCCAAUAGAGGCCAUUCAAGUGGGCGACCGAGUGCUCGUCUGCCCCGGGGAUCGCAUACCAGUGGACGGCACAGUGGCGGGUGGGCGCAGCACAGUGGACGAGAGCAGCAUCACGGGGGAGCCACUUCCAGUGCUGAAGCAGGCUGGGGACGAGGUGACAGCAGGAACGGUGAAUUUCAAUGGGGCAAUGGUGGUGCAGGCGAGCAGGCAGGGCGGGGAUGCGGUGUUGGCAGACAUAGUGCGCAUGGUGGAGGAGGCUCAGGGCAGACAGGCACCUGUUCAGCGAUUCGCCGACCAGAUAUCCGGCAAGUUCUGCUACGGGGUGAUGGGCAUAGCAGCAGCCACCUUCGCCUUCUGGAGCACCCUCGGACCCAAGCUCGUCCCGGCUGCCCUCGCUGCCGCUGGGCCUGGUGGAAGUCUUCUCCUGGCGCUGCAGCUAGCCUGCAACGUGCUGGUUGUUGCCUGCCCAUGCGCCCUGGGCCUAGCCACACCCACAGCGGUGUUGGUUGGAACAGCAGUAGCAGCGCGCAAGGGGCUGCUGAUCCGCGGGGGAGACGUGUUGGAGCGCUCCACUGCCGUGCACACCGUGCUCUUUGACAAGACCGGCACACUCACCCUCGGCCGCCCCACCGUCACCCGCGUGCGCUUGCAUGGCGCUGGGUCUGACGAUGAAGAGAAGGAGCAUGGGGUUCGGAGACAGGGAGGAGGAGGGGGGAAAGAAGGAGAAGAAGAGAGGAGGAAGGAGGUGCUGGUGUUGGCGGCGGCAGUUGAGCGGAAUUCCACGCAUCCCCUGGCGACGGCGAUAGUGGAAGCAGCCGGGAAGGAGGCGAGGCGAGCGCGGGUGGAGGAUGGGUCGUUUUUCCAGCAGCCGGGUGCUGGGGCGGCGGCGGUGGUGGGCGGGCGGCAUGUGGUGGUGGGCACUCCUGAUUGGCUGAGAGACAACGGCUGUGAUGUGCCGGUGGAGUUGGAAGAAGCUGAUCUGAUGAGCAGCGCAGCAGAAGAUCUUACUGCACGUGGCACGCCUGACUGGCCGAGAGAUAACGGCUGCGAUGUGCCAGUGGAGUUGGAAGAGGCUGACUUGAUGAGCAGCGCUGCAGAAGGCGACCCCACCCCAGGGGAGACCACCGUAUAUGUGGGGGUGGACGGCAGGCUGGCAGGCUCCAUCUCAUCCCGCUCCCCGCUCCCCUCACCAGGGUCAUCCCCCGCAUCAUCCACCCUCAGGCCUGCCAUGCCACGCGACCCCACCCUGGGCGAGACCACCGUGUAUGUGGGGGUGGACGGGCAACUGGCAGGCGCCAUCUCAUCCCCCUAUGGGUCAUCCCCCGCAUCACCGACUCUCAGGCCUGCCAUGGCAGGUGACCCCACUCCAGGGGAGACCACAGUGUACGUGGGGGUGGACGGCCAGCUGGCGGGCGCCAUCUCAUUGGUCGACAAGGUGCGCGACGAGGCGGCGGCGGCUGUAGCGGCGCUACAGGCCAUGGGGCUGCACACGGCCAUGCUGUCGGGGGACAAGCGGCCGGCUGCCCUUGCAAUCGCACACAAAGUCGGCAUCCCGGAAAACGAGGUCUACGCGGGCGUGAAACCAGAGGGCAAGGCAGACUUCGUUUCGGCCCUUCAGGCAAAAGGAACCAGAGUGGCGAUGGUGGGAGAUGGGGUGAACGACGCAGCUGCCUUGGCUCGAGCCGAUGUGGGCAUAGCCAUGGCGGGAGGGGUGGGGGCGGCGAGUGACGUGGCGUCAGUGGUGCUGAUGGGCGACCGGGUGACUCAAGUGGUGGACGCCAUUCACCUCAGCCGCUGCACCUUCAACAAGAUCCGCCAGAACCUCGCCUGGGCCUUUUUGUAUAACAUGAUUGGAGUCCCAGUGGCAGCAGGGGCGCUGCUGCCCUUCACAGGCACCAUGCUCACCCCCUCCUUAUGUGGGGCCCUCAUGGGGGCGGCGCUGGGAGUGCAAGCGAAGGACAACGAGAGAGUGGUGGUGCAGCUGAGGGAGGAGGUCGACGAGGAGGACGAGGACGACGAGGACGAGGCUCCUCCGGCGCCGGUGACGGUGGUGCUGGGCACGCUCGUGAAGGGCAAGGUGGACCAGAUGAGCCUCGAUCUCGUGCUCGACCGGCCGUUCAGCCUCUUCCACUCCGGCUCGCACAGCAUUUUCCUUUCUGGGUACAAGACGCGCGACGGUGGCGAUGACGAUUACGACAUGGACGAGGAUGACUUCGACGAGGAGGAUAUCGAGGAGGACGACGAGGAGGAGGAGGAGGCGGAGGAUACACCGCCGCUCAAGAAGGCCCUUGCCGCCCUUGCGGCCAAGGCUGGGAAGAAGGCGGCAAGCCCGAGCAAGGACGCAGAGAUGGCCGACGCGGCUGAGCCAGCCAAGCCCGCCGCCGCUGCCGCUGCCGCUAAACCUGCCGCUACACCUGAGCCUGCAGCGGGCGCCAAGCGCCAAGCGGACUCCCCGGCGGCCACGCCUUCACCUGCGCUUUCCAAGUCGCAGAAGAAGAAGCAACGCAGAGAAGCCCUCGCUGCCGCUGCCGCCGCUGGUGGUGGUGACGCUGCUGCUGCCUCCCCUGCCGCCCCCUCUCCCGCGCCUGUCAAGGAGGCUGCCAAGCCUGCCGCCAAGCCUGCCACUCCUGCUGCCAAGCCUGCGGCAGCAGCGCCAGCAGCAGCCACACCGCCAGCAGUAGCAGCAGGAACACCGGAGCCUGGUGCUACAGCCACCCCUGCUUCAGGAGGGAAGAAGAAGGCCGUUUUCCACUGCCCACAGUGCCCCAAGAAGUUCAAUGCUGAGGCGUUUUUGACGAAGCACAUGGAGACCAAGCACUCAGCUUAA